UUGCACUUGAUUCCAAAGUCUUUCUGCAAAAAUAUGAGGUGGGGAGAGUUCAGACACCAGCAAGUGCUUUUUAAAGAUCAAACUAAGAAAAUCGCACCACAGAAAUACAGGAGGAAAGAAGUGCAAGCAAAAUCUACCUUAUGCUUGCCUGCUCACGUGUGAUAAAUGAAAAUCUCAGUCCUGCCGAGGUUCCACGGGUACAACCCCAGUUAAAACCAGUCCUGGUGGCUUCUCAAAGCUGCACGGAGCGUGUUCGAGCAUCCUGCCCAACCCAAAACCCCGCAGGGCAGGUCCGGAGCGGGCAGAAAGUUUUAGCGGGUGAAAAGCCCGUUUUGCAGAUGGAUUUCCCGGCGGAUCCAGCGUGCCCGGUAUCUGCAGAGGGCGCCACAAGUUUGGGAUGUGCCGGGAUGCGGCUCCAGGUGCUCCAGCUGUCACUCACUAAGGUGCUCGCUCUCCAAUGGCCAAUGCUCUGCUCGCAGGGUGAGCCCGUGCUGCUCAACGCCACCGACGACUUCAACGACUCCGUCCCCAACAACCGCAGCGGCGACGGGUUUUGCGAGCAGGUCUUCAUCAAAGCCGAGGUCUUCUUGACCCUGGGGAUCAUCAGCCUGCUGGAGAACAUCCUUGUCAUCCUGGCAGUGCUGAAGAACGGCAACCUGCACUCCCCCAUGUAUUUCUUCCUGUGCAGCCUGGCUGUGGCAGAUAUGUUGGUGAGCAUGUCCAACGCGCUGGAGACCGUCAUGAUCGCCAUCCUCAGCAACGGCUACCUGGUCAUCGACGACCGCUUCAUCCAGCACAUGGACAAUGUGUUUGACUCAAUGAUUUGCAUUUCUCUGGUAGCCUCCAUUUGCAACCUCCUGGCCAUAGCCAUCGACAGGUACAUCACUAUUUUCUAUGCCCUCCGUUACCACAGCAUCAUGACGGUGAAGAAAGCCCUGACCCUCAUUGUGCUCAUUUGGGUGGCUUGCAUCAUCUGUGGCAUCAUUUUCAUUGCCUACUCGGAGAGCAAAACUGUCAUUGUGUGUCUCAUCACCAUGUUCUUCACCAUGCUGCUGCUCAUGGCCUCGCUGUACGUGCACAUGUUCCUGUUUGCCCGCCUGCACGUCAAGCGCAUCGCGGCGCUGCCCGUCGAGGGCGUGCCCCCCCAGCGCACCUGCAUGAAGGGGGCUGUCACCAUCACCAUCCUCCUGGGGGUCUUCAUCGUCUGCUGGGCGCCUUUCUUCCUCCACCUCAUCCUCAUCAUCCCCAUAAAAUGCAAGAAGUUAAACCCAGAUUAUUGCAGCCCCACAGAUCUGCUCCUCUGA